CGUUAGUUCUGAUUGACUGUUUACUUCAAAAGUCGAAGGAAGUCCGUCUGAUGGAGUGAGUACCAGUUUAGGUUUAUAAUCAACACAAAAGCAUGCAUGGAUGAAGAGAAGUAACCCAAGUCUGUUUAACACAGGACUGAAUCGCUACAUUGAACACCAUGGAUUCUGAGAAGGGCUCAGAUACAACAUUGGAGUCGGCUGAAACAAUGACUGGGUUAGAGGUCAAACUGAUUUCACUGGUAAUACUGCUACUUGUGACUAUGCUAUUUGGGUUUGGACCAUUCUUCAUGAUUAGGUUUUCAGGAGUGCUUGGAAUUGCACCAGGUACUUGCCGAAGAAAUAUGAGCCUGGUGAGCUGCUUUGCAGGUGGGGUGUUCCUUGCUACAUGUCUUUUGGACUUGUUGCCCGAUUACCUGGCUGGAAUCACAGAAACAUUUAACAAUCUUCAAGUCACUCUUGUGUUCCCUCUGCCUGAGUUCAUCAUGACAAUGGGUUUCUUCUUAGUGCUUAUUAUGGAACAAGUAGUGCUGGCCUACAAAGACCAGUCCCUUGGUUCCAUAGAUGAGAGGCGUAAUCUGCUUGUAGCAUCAAACAUUCAGUCUGGUAACCCACAUGAAGCUGAAAGGGACAGGGAUGAAGGUGUGCAUCUUCAUGUAGAUUUCAAUUCCCAUUCAGCAAUACGCACUUUUAUCCUGGUGUUUUCAUUAUCUCUACACUCCAUCUUUGAAGGACUUGCAGUUGGACUUCAGAAGCAGACUGACAAAGUUCUUGAAAUCUGUUUGGCGCUGCUUAUUCACAAAUGUAUCAUAGCUUUUAGUUUGACCUUCAAGUUGGUGCAAAACCACCUGCGACGUGGUGUUGUGGUAAUGUGCAUUCUGCUGUUUUCUGUUAUGUCACCUCUGGGGAUUGGUUUGGGUAUCUUGCUGACAGAGAAUACCAGUAGCGUGCAUCAGCUUUCCCACUGUGUCCUGGAAGGCAUUGCUACUGGAACGUUCAUAUAUAUCACCUUCAUGGAAAUACUGCCCCAUGAACUUGCAUCUUCUGAACUGCGCAUCCCAAAGUUGGCCAUGUUACUUCUAGGCUUUACUGUAGUCACAGGAGUUCUUUUCAUAAGGUUUUAAAAAGAGAUGCCUCUUACAGUGCACAACGAUAAGGGAAUCCCUAAUCUCAUGUCAUCUGUACUAAAGUGUAUUCUUAUAAAUUCAGCAGUCAGAAGUGUUAAAAAAAAAAAAAUGAACUAGCAAAACUGCCAAUCCUAGCUGUUAAAUAAUAAUUAGGUGGUACAGUAUGCUCCUGCUCUAAUUGUAGGGAGUUAGAAUUUGUUACUGGUACAUAUCAUAUUGUAUUUAUCUGAUUUUUUUUUUUUUUAUUUAUGUUUAAAUAGCUAUUUUAUGGUCAUUUGCAGCUCUGUGUCUUCCCCGCUUUACUCUUAGCUAUGAGGGGUGAUUAAAAAGAUUUUUAUCCUGACCUAUUAAGAGAAACACUAGUAAAACCAAACAAGUUUUAUUUUUCUACAUAAUCCCCCAACAACAGUAGUGUACUUCUUACAUUCACUAAGCUUUUCUGAGCCACUCAAAUACAAAUAAUGUUCUGUCUUCCUUGUGCUACUACUUUUCUGUAGCUGACUUCCUCAUAACACAGUGAAGGUGGCUUGUCAGAUUGGUGAAACGUGGGUAGUCACACAGGGCCGGGUCUGGAAAAUUUGGUGAGCCUGGCAUCUCUUUGACUCCACAGGUGAACUUAGCACCCUUUGCAACUUGUUUAUUGGUUGGGGGGGUAGGCUGCUUGAUCAACAGCUUUUGUUACAGUUUAUGCCCAACUGAAUGUUGGAAAUAUCUGAACAAAUCUGCAUAAUACUGAUCAGUUAUGUAGGUCUUCUGAGAGAUUUAAUCAAGGUGGACAAUAUACUUAAUAUCAUGAAAAAUUGUACUCCAUUAUUGAAUUCGUAUGUGUGGCGUAUGAAGUGGAGUGAUCCUGGAACACAUUGCUUUGUUGGGAAUGAAUCUCCAAGGGCUUAUUUUUCUCUAGCAUUAUAAAUUCAUUGGUUGCACAUUAAUUGAUAUUCUGCAUUUUCAUCAUGUAUUUCAUAACUUGUAAUUUACAGUGUUUAGUACACACACAAGCUAUUCCUGUGGCCAUAUACAUAAUCAGCACUGUAGAUUAUCCCUUUCAGGCUCAGGCUGAAACUUUUUGAUCACUCCUCAUAUUUCCUGAUAAC